UUAUUGUUCCGUCAUAGCUGAAGGGAAUUCCUAUUCAUUUUGCCUCAUAUUUCCCAACUGGAACUGCGCUGAAUCAGAACAGCCUACCUGGCAUUGAAACACACCACCCUGGCAUUGAAACAAAUAGGAAACUCCUGGAAAAUUGUUGAUAGACAAGGUGUAUCUUGAGGGAAACAUGAUUCUGUACCCUGACAUACUGGUCCUGCUCUUCCUCCAGCUUGCCCUUUCCAGCCAGUGCACACUAGCUUCCCGGCUGCCCCCUCACAGAGGAGUGAGUUCCUUGAGUAAGGGCUCUGAGGGAACCAGGGCCCCCACACAGAGGCAGCAGUCUGGGGAGAUCAGCACCACCGUCCUUGCCUUUGGGGAGCCUUGUGGGGUAUACACUCUGAGCUGUGCUCGUGGACUCCGCUGUAUCCCACGACUGGGGGACCCCAGCCCCCUCCAGGCCCUGCUGAAGGGCAGGGGGUUCUGCAGCAACAUUAGCACACCCAGCCCUUCUGAGAGGCCCCAAAACACAGCCAUUGUACCAGUCACACACCCAACACACAUGGAAGGCCUGGAAAAGGCUCCUUGUCGCAAGCUUCUGAACACUGUACUUAAAGAUCUUGAGCCCCUGGUCUACCAGUCUGACCGUGGUGACAUCUACAUGCCUAACUGUGACAAGCGUGGUUUCUUCAGAAAGAAGCAGUGUAAGUCAUCUCGGGGCAUGAACCGCGGUCACUGCUGGUGUGUGGACGAGAGUGGCACGCCAACACCAUCACGCACCAGUCCACAGGGCCACCUAAUCUGCGACAAUGCAUAAAAAAGCCCUACCCGAUCAACCGCAUUCCUGCUGUCGGGAGUAUGGGUCAUAGGGUGAGGACUGAGAGGAAGAGAGAAAGAGCAAGAUGAAGAUAGUGGUGGAAGAAAAGAGCAGGACAGGAUAAAAAGCUAUGCCCAAAGUGCUGGACACUAAUUGGUUGAUACAAGCCAAAGAUUGCAUUCCAAAUUGCACCCUACGUCCUAAAUAGAGGGAAAUGGUGAGGUUUGGGUAAGCAUCUACACUACUACCUUCCAACACAGUCCUUCCCUGCAUUUCUUAUGGUCCAGUGCUUCCACGUUAGUUUAGACUCAUAGCACCCUCUAGUGAUACGUUUCGAUACAGUACAGACCAGAAACAUUAUCUACCAUCAAGGCCACUCCUGAACUUACAACAGGUAAGGAAGGACCUGCUGUGUGCCGUUUAGUUUCAAAGUCUGUACUCUGUGCUACGUAUGCAAAUUGCUGAUAAAAUAUUAUAGUCAAACUCAAAGUUGGUAGGUCAAGAGUGAACUACAUCCGCAUUCAAACGCACCUGUUCUAUCUGCCUGGUGAUGAAGCUUGUCUCUGAUUGUCCACUGUCUCUUUUAAACUCUGAAAACAUGCACUCAUAUGUGACAUUACUCUGAUGGAACUCCAGAAUCAAGCACUACUGGAGCAUUAUAGCUGAUAUUAUAGCUGAGCAGGCACAUUUUAUAUGAUAAGAAAUAGUCUUUUGUAUACAUAUAUAAAUUAAAACCUAAUGUAUUAUUUAAUUUACGGUAUGUCUCGAUAAUUUUUUAUUUUCUUAUUUUAUUUAAAGGUUGUGUUUUCUAUUGGGCAUGGUAAAACAUUUAAUUUUCUCUGUAACUGCUGAACAUUGGUUUAUUUAUGUGAUUAUUUAUGUUGACCAUGUUUAUUACAUAUUAUGACAUUUUAUAAAUUAAAGUAUUUGCAUGGGAAGCACACUGAAAGCCAGCUAUUGUUGAUUGGUAAGUUUCCCAAUCCCAGAUGUCUGCUUUCUAAUAAAGUUUUUUAGGUUUCAUGUGAGCCCUGUACAGUUCAACAAAAAUAUGUGUGUGACUGAAAAUUCUGUGGUUUUAAUGGUUAGGCUGUGUGCCCAUAAUCCAGAAAUCUUUCUCAUAUGACCAGGAGGAAUUAGAACGCUGGCUUUUAGUUAACAUGACAAUUUAUAAAGCCAGUGGUUUGGAGUUGGUGCUUUUCAAAGUUUAAAAGUGUUUUAUAAAUGUUUUCUUGAACUUUCCAAAACAAUCUGAGACUGAUAAUAAAGGCCCUCAAUAUAAAAUGAGCCAUACA